ACGACUCUUGAGCAAACAAGAAGCUUUCAGUUUUCCAACGCUAUUGAAGAAUAUAAUUAUACAUUCAUCGGAUUAAAUCUAGUCACGUCGUUGAUUUAAAGCAUCAAAAUGUCGGACUUUAGUAAACGGUGUGUUAUUCGCAGUGCCUAUCCAUCCAUUUAUGAUGAUGUGGUUUUUGUGUCUGAAAAAACAAUGCGAGAGAUUUUAUCCGAUGACUUGAAAAAAGUGGAAAAACGGUAUAAUCGACAAUUGGAUAGUUUUGCAAUCGACAACGAAAUGUUAUCACUUAAAUUGAAAGGCAAAGAUCGAGAUUAUGACAAAUUGAAUAAACAAUACAAAGCUCAAGAGGAGCGCAAUGCUGUGUUGGAACAAGAGAAGAAGUCAUUAGAACGCAAAUUACAAGCUGGAAUAGCGAAUUCCAUUCGAUUGUGCCGUGAAAUUGAUGGUCUUCAAUGGACCAAGAGAAACUUGCAGGAACAUAUUGAUAAAAUUCAAAGUGAACAUAUUGAUGACAUUCGGAGAAUAAUGGAAAAACGUCACUAAUAUCUCUCACCCAAUUAUUGUUAACACAAACAAACAUUUAGAGAAUAAUAAACGAUGAUUAAUUUAAA